AUGGAAGACCUGCAGAAGAAGAAGGAAGAGCUUCUGCAUGCGCAGCGGGAGAAGGCGGACAGGUUCAACGCUCUCCUAUCGGGCCCUGGUGGUCUCAACGAGACUAGCCGAAAGGUAUGCAAGAACCUCGAGGCUGCGAUCACGGCGUCCAAGAAACCAGGGUACUUUAUGUACUUCGAGCAACCCGACGUCGUCAAGGCUGUGGUGAAGAACGGCGAAUUGCGCAAGUUGCAGACAGCCAUCGUUCAGAUCCAGCAAAAGAUCGAUCUAGUUGACGCAGAGAUCACGAACAACGCGAGAGCAAAUGCUACGACGACAGCAAGUGGCCGCGAGUCCGAGAUCCAAAGCCUCAAGCAAUGGCUGUCCACGUACGGCACACCGAAGCCCGUGUCGAGUGGCAUCCUCACAUGCUUCUCCGCGAACCCCAAGGUGUACGGUGGAACGGAGCACUACUCGGCGUUCAAGACGCAGUCCACGACAAUGAAAAAAGGUCGCAUCACUAAGUAG